AUGCACCUCUCCAACAGCUCAGUCUCAAGCAUUCUCAAGUCUCAGUGGCAUGAAGUUGCAGACUCGGCACAGGAUUCGCCUCCGGCCAUUGGAUGUGAGCUUGCAGGCGACGGAUCAUGGGUUGUGGGAAUUGUGGGUCGCUUGGUGAAGCGAACCCCUGCGGUCAACAGCGACAAUUCGAGGGCACUCGAGGUCUGUGGGUCUUCAGGUUUCGUGCGCAAAAAUGCGCAACUGCCGAGGGCUGGGUUUGUGGGAGCUUCUCGGUAUCUUGUUCGAAUCGUUGUCUCCGUUCGCAUCUCUCGUCCUUGUAGCAGUGCGAUGCCCGAGGCAUCUUCGUGUCUGCGACGGUAUAAGAUGUCAGGAACGCCUUCGCUUCCACUCGCUGAAGAUCCAAGUGGACCAACUCAGGGCAGAGCUCAUCCUCGAGGAUGCCCCUGUGGUGCGUUUGGGUUUCCCAUCCUGACCCUGCGCAUGGACUCUGCUGAGCGUGCUGAGUUUCAGGACGAGCCGGUCGCAGAGCCCGCAGAACCAGUGGACCAACCACCGCAGCAGCAGCCGCAACAGCAGCAGCAGCAGCAACAACAGCAGCAACAACAGCAGCAGCAGCAACAACAGCAGCAAAGUUCUUGA